AUGGAUCGAACAGCCAAUGGUGACGACGGCGUCGAGAAGCAGGCCGAGUUCAAUCAUCUCGACCAGGCUCCUAGCAAGGUCAGCUCUGAGAUCGAUCACGACCAUGGCUUUACGCAGGAGGAGCAGCGCAGCAUCAUUCGACGGAUUGAUCGUCGACUCGUCGUGACUGUUGGUGCCAUGUAUUGUGUUUCGCUUAUGGAUCGAACCAAUAUGAGUGCUGCCAACAUUGCGGGCAUGAGUGUUGAGCUGCAGCUCACUGGCUUCCGAUACAACAUCGCCAACUUGGUCUUCUUCAUUCCCUACGUCAUCUUCCAGCCACCCUCGACUAUCCUCAUCCGCAAAGUCGGUCCCCGUAUUCAUCUGGCUCUCAUCACUAUGAUGUGGGGUGCUGUCAUGGUUGGUAUGGGUUUCGUCAAGAAGUUCCCUCAGCUUGCAGCUCUCCGUGCGGUUCUUGGUUUCUUCGAGGCUGGUUUCUUCCCCAGCUGUGUCUAUCUUCUCAGCACAUGGUACACUCGAUAUGAGGUUGGAAAGCGAUACUCUGUCUUCUAUCUUCUUGGUUGCGUCGCUUCUGCUUUCUCUGGUAUUCUCGCCUAUGGUCUCAUGCAACUCAACGGUCGAGAGAAUCUCACUGGCUGGCGCUGGAUUUUCAUCAUCGAAGGUACUCUCACCAUCGCCCUCGGUAUUGCUGGAUACUGGCUCCUCGUCGACUUCCCCGACUCCAAGCGCAAGACGUGGUCGUUCCUCGGUAGCCGUGAGCGUCAAUGGGUCGUCGAUCGUAUCCGCCGUGACCGUGGCGACACCGAGGUCCCUCCCUUCCAGUUCAGCAAGUUCAUUCGAGGCGGUGCCGACUGGAAGGUCUGGGCUUAUGCUAUGAUCUUCUUCGAUACCACCACCAUCAGCUACGCCCUUGCUUACACCCUCCCCAUCAUUCUCGUCGGAAACAUGGGUUUCAGCGUUGGAGCAGCUCAGUGUCUCGUUGCGCCUCCCUAUGCCUUUGCUGGUAUCGUCAUGUUCGCGACUGCCUGGGUCGGCGACAAGUAUCACGUCCGAGGUCCCAUGAUCCUCUUCAACAUGCUCCUCUGCCUCAUCGGACUCCCCAUCAUGGGCUGGGCUGCUAAUCCCAACGUCCGCUACUUCGGCGUCUUCCUCGUCACCGCCGGUGCCAACAGCAACAUCCCAACUGUCAUGUCCUUCCAGGCCAACAACGUCCGCGGCCAGUGGAAGCGAGCCUUCUGCAGCGCUACUCUCGUCGGCUUUGGUGGUUUUGGCGGUAUUGCGGGAAGUCUGGUGUUCCGCGAGCAGGACAAGCUCACGGGGUACAAGCCUGGUAUGUGGGCUUGCAUCGCCUGCUGUCUCGUCACUGUCAUCCUCGUCUGUCUCUGUGACUUGGACUUCAAGAGGCAGAAUGCCAAGGCCGAUCGGGGUGAGAAGGUGUUGGAGGCCCAUGAUGUGAGUAAGCCCCCUCGUGCUGCCAUGACAACAUCACUGACAAAUAUUCCAGGAAGGCGCUUCUUCCGAUUUCCGCUAUACUUACUAAGAUGGGUGGAUACAUGA